ACUGAGACGUAGUAAUUUCCACACUCCAGCUGUGCUGGCUCUGUGUCGAUUAACAACAACACUCAACUCUGACACUAUUAAAAGAUAACUUGUUGCUGAUUGCACAGGAAAAAUAAGUUCGCGCUGAGGAACUCAAAAAGACGCAAGGCCAUCGUUCAGUCUCCAAGAGCAGCCAUGAAAUAUUCUGGAUUCAUCGUCGUGUUUAAGCUUUAUAUUUUCGGGUCCGUUGCUUCUGAGUUUGAUCCUAUAGUCCACAUUCAUGAAGGCUUCAUCAGGGGAACAACUCUCUCUUCGAUCCGCAGUAACCUAACAUUCUUCGCCUUCAUGGGAAUACCCUAUGCCAGACCUCCUAUAGGAGAACUUAGGUUCAAGGCCCCUCAACCGGCGGACUCAUGGAGCGGUGUAAGAAACGCGACCGUCGAGGGACCUUCUUGUCCACAGAUUAACCCUAUUAGCCAAACAUAUUUCGGUGAAGAAGAUUGUCUGUUCAUUAACGUGUUCUCGCCAAAGAUUCUCUCCGAAACGGACACAGCUUCAACAGCUGUCAUGGUGUGGAUACACGGCGGAGGUUACAUUUUGGGCUCAGGUGACAGGACUGUCUAUGGUCCUGAUUUCCUAGUAGAUGAACAAGUGGUAGUUGUUACCUUCAACUACCGUCUAGGAGUAUUGGGAUUUCUGAGUCUGCAGAAUAAGGAAGUUCCAGGGAACAAUGGAAUGAAGGACCAAGUCUUGGCUCUGAAAUGGGUGAGAAACAAUAUAGUCAAGUUCGGAGGAGACCCUGAUAACAUCACCAUUUUCGGGGAGAGCGCUGGGGCCUCCAGCGUCCACUAUCACUUGUUAUCACCAAUGUCAAGCAGAUUGUUUCAUCGCGCCAUAUCUGAAAGCGGAUCUGCAUUGAAUCCCUGGGCUUACCAAACGCCAGAUGCCAGCGUCAAGUUGGCCUUUCUGCUCGGGGAAGAAUUUGGUGUAAAAACGACUGAUCCCCUGCAGGUGCUGCAAGUGCUGAGGGCAGCCGAACCUGAACGGCUCGUGGUUUUUAUAUUUACAGCUCUAUUACUGCCGGAAGUCGGUGCUUUGACGGGGCCGACUUUAGACACGAAGGCUGUCAGUGGUGAAGUUUUCCUUCCCGAUACACCGAUAAAUCUAAUCAACGCAGGAAAGUUCUUGAAAAUUCCCUAUAUAAUAGGCGUAAACAAUGAAGAAGGAAUCUUAGCAACACCCAUAAUAAAACCAUUCUCCUGGCUGCUAAGGCACGUUGUGAACGUUUUUGAACUGGCUCUUCCUUUCUACGCUGGACAGAAGAUACCCAAGGCUCAUGACAUGGCUGUCGAAGUAAAGAACAAAUACUUCAAUAACUCCAGACCUCUUGUACUUCAGUACAUUGAUGUUAUCACGGAUUUUUUCUUUAUUAACGGAGUGUACUGCACCGCGCAGAGACAGGCAACGCACUCCUCUCCAGUCUUCUCGUACGAGUUCUCUUUUGACGGCACUGCGAAUGUCUUCAAGAAACUGGCUGGCGGUACCGGCUUUCCAGGUGCAUGUCACGCAGAUGAUAUUCCAUACCUGUUCCGAGUUGAAAUCUUGAAGGUGAAUCUGAAACCUGGAACUCCUGAAUAUUUGACGUCAGUAAGGAUGACGAAAUUGUGGGCCAACUUCGCAAAGACUGGAUACCCCACGCCACAGCCGGACCCUGUGCUCCAGAAUGUUUCAUGGAAACCUAUCAGCAAAUCAAAUUUCCCUUCCUUGAGUAUUGACACUGACCUCAAAAUGAAGCACGGACUAAACAAUGGACAUGCAGAGUGGUGGAUGAAACUGUACAGUAAAUAUAUUCCUGACGCAUCGCCAUGUUGGCCGUUCUAUUCAAUGUUCGACGUUAAUCAAAAACUUCGUUUGCCCACAUCAGUGUCCGCCAGGAACUGUACCCGCAUCAUGGCAUCGUUGCUACCAGCAGCACUGGUGCUCAUAUUCGCCCUCUCCAAACCCGUAGCAACUGAAGAGGAAAGCGAUGGGCCUCUCGUUCAGACAGAACAGGGGACCAUCAGAGGAAUCCAAGGCGUAUCAAUCAGGGACAAAGAAUUUCUUGUGUUCCUAGGAAUUCCUUACGCAAAACCACCGGUUGGUGAACUGAGAUUUAAGGCUCCUCAGCUUCCAGAUCCUUGGAAUGAAACUUUCGAGGCAACUCAGGAAGGUAGCAACUGUCCACAAAUAGGAUUAAUGUCACAAAUGAAGGAAGGUGAUGAGAACUGUCUUUUCCUGAAUAUCUUUACCAACAAGUUACCUGCAGACUCAAACGACUUAAAAGCCGUGAUGGUGUGGAUCCAUGGAGGAGCUUUCAUAACCGGAUCUGCAACUUCAAUGAUGUUUGGACCCGAUCAUCUGCUGACAGAAGACAUCGUCUUCGUUUCCAUCAACUACCGCAUUGGCGUUUUAGGAUUUCUAAGUCUGCCAGAGGCUGGGAUUCCCGGUAACAACGGUCUGAAGGACCAAGUGAUGGCUCUGCGGUGGGUGCAGAAGAACAUAGCCAAUUUUGGUGGGGAUCCCGGCAAAGUGACCAUCUUUGGGCAAAGCUCUGGGGCCGCCAGCGUUCACUUCCAUCUCAUGUCUCCUAUGACCACAGGACUGUUCCAUCGAGCUAUCUCACAGAGCGGUACAGGACUCUCUAAUUGGGCUUACGCUGAGCCAGAAUACAUGAACGCAGGGGCCUUUAAUGUUGGAGCCGCGAUCGGGUGUGUCUCUACUAAUGCUAAGGAUCUGCUCGAGUGUUUCAGGACGAAACCCGCAAAAGAUUUUGUCAACGUAUCAGCUUGUGAGGAUGAGACAGGUGUAUUCCAAACAACGCUCAAACCAACAAGAGAAGAAUAUAAUGUGAAUGAUGAGGAAGUUUUCCUUCCAGGAAAACCAGCCGAUCUUAUUUCAUCAAAAAAGUUUCAUGCUGUGCCCUACAUUACAGGAAUCAACUCUAAAGAAGCACUCACAUUUCUAAAACGAACAGAAAAACCUUCAUUCUGGGACAAGUUCGAUAAAAACUUUGACAAAGUAGUGGCAGGUGUUGCAUAUAAAGACGUCUCGCAAGUGAAGGAUGUUUCCGAAAAAAUUAAGAAAUUUUACUUCGGAGAUAAAAAGCCUUCCAAAGACACACUGGAUAAUUUUGUAGAUUGCUUUACAGAUUUCGAUUACUUCAUCGGCGCAGACAGAGCUGUGAAAAAACACGCUGCCAUCUCAACUGCGCCCGUGUUUUACUAUUACUUCCAGUUUGAUGGAGAACUAGGAAUUGUCAAAAAGGCCUUAAAACUCAAGAACCCAGGAGUUGCUCACGCCGAUGAACUGGGGUAUAUGUUUAGUACCAUUAUCAGCGCUCCUAUCGAGGAUGAUUCAGAUGAAAAUAAGACUCUGACCAGAGUAGUCAAGAUGUGGACCAACUUCGCUAAAACAGGUGACCCUAGUUCGGAAAUGAACUCAGUACUUAACGUCAAGUGGGACCCGAUGACCAAAACAGAUCCUGUCUACUUGGACAUCAACAAAGAGCUGGCUAUGCGACGCGACCUACUGGCGGACCGAGCGUCAGUGUGGAAUGAAGCACUGGAUCCAUUAUAAUACACAUCUUGUGGGAUUUUGAGACCCUGUAUUUAAAACUGUGACAACAUUUAGUUAAAUUUAAUCUCUGAGCAUUGAUCAUAAAAUAAAUAUUAACGGUUAAUUAAAAA